AUUACUCAGUGAAGUCAUCAUGGCGCAUGUCGAGUCAGGUUUUGCGUUUGGAAACGAGACGCCUGUGGGCAAAGUCGCUAAAACGAUAGAGAUUAAUAACGGGUGUGUUAUAACACCCACUUGUGAUAUGAACAAGACUAAAUCAUCAAUUGGUUUAUGAAUAAAAUAUAUUAUUACUAUUUAAUAACAAACUUGUGAUAAUUGUCAGUGAGAUGGCCGAGUCUACCGGGCCAAUACUCCAUGUCAUUGUCGUUGGUUUUCAUCACAAGAAAGGAUGUCAGGUCGAGUAUUCAUUUCCUCCGCUGGUUCCUGGCGCACCAAAUGAGUGUCCUCUUGGUUGGAAAUACCUUCCAACUUUGGCAUUACCCGAUGGUUCCCAUAAUUACGAUGAAGAUACUGUUUAUUUUCACUUGCCCAGCAUUACAGAUCCCAAAAAAACAGUCUAUGGAGUCUCUUGCUUUCGUCAAAUUCCUGUUGAAAAAUUAAUAAAUCGAACUUCUGAUAUGACCCGAGGCACUGUGCAAAAAUCUGUUUGUGUGCUCAGUACUUUACCACUUUAUGGACAUAUUCAAGUUAAAAUGCAGUUAAUAACUCAUGCUUACUUUGACGAAGGAGAUUUUAGCAAAGUUUCGUUAUUAGAAGACACCUUUAGACAUCUCAAUGCUUGUAUGAGUGGUGACAGUCAGAUACCACCUCAAGUAUUUGUUGGUUUAUCAGCACGAGAUUUUAUAAUACAAUUUCGACAUAAAGCAUUAUUAUUAUUUAAAUUAUUAUUACUUGAAAGAAAAGUUGUAUUUUAUCAGUCACCUGUUCAGCCACUUUGUGCUGCAAUAUUAACAUUAUUAUCAUUACAUCCGGGUAUGAUUGAAAGUGGAUUACGAAGAGCAGCCUGUGUCAGACCAUCGAGACCAAUGUCACCGAUUCCAAACUUCGAUGAAGAUGAAGAAAUCUCUCAUACGGAUACAAAUUUAAUAUCCUCAAUAAAUGUAGAAAUAACAAAUUCCGACUGCAUUGAUGUUGAUCAGAGCGAUCGGACAAAUGAAAAUUCAGUGCGCGAUAACGAUAAUAAAAAUCAGGUCGAAUCAAUGGAAAUAGAAAAAAAAUACAUUGAUAAUUCGAUAGACAAUUCGUCAUUGUCGAUGAAAAAUAAUAAUCAAGUGGAUAAUUUAAAUAGUAAAAUAAUAGACGUUAAUUCGACGAGUGAAUUUAAUGAUGGGUAUAAUGAUGAAGAAACAAAUGGAUCUAAAGACCUGACAAAAUUAACAGAAAAUGUCCAUCGUGUACAAAGUUCAAAUACAAUUAAUUUUACGAUGGGUGAAAAUGAUGGAAUUUUACCUCGGGACACGAGUAAUGAUGCACUUUCUGAAGCUCGAGUUACUUCUAAUAUUACACAACUAGCUCACGUUAAUCCAGAACUUUGCGGUUUGCCGCUAAAUAUUUUUACAAAGGGUUAUCUUUGCUUGCCAUAUUUAUCUUUACCUUAUCUAGACCUUCUGGGUGACGUAAAUGUCCGGGGGUACAUUGUAGGAGCGACGAAUGUUUUAUUUAAACAAAAGAAACAAUUAAUAGAUGUACUUAUUGAGGUCGAGAGCGCGAGAAUAGAAGCAACUGACCCAGAGCUUCGUCGCCAACUUCAUCUGACGACAGAAGAUCUACGAUUCGCCGAUUACGUUGUGAGACACGUCGCAGAACCACGUCGUGACGUUUUUCUUGAUGGGGUAGGAUGGGAAGGUGGCGAUGAAUGGAUUAGAACACAAUUUCGUGUUUAUCUUCUCAGUUUACUUAGAACGUCAAUGCAGUCAGAUACGCGGCAGUCGGAUCAUUUCAAUGGAGCUUUUGUUGCUGCUUGGAAAAUGACAAAUAAUUACAGUCAGUGGUGCGAUUCCGUUUACCCGGAAAUAAAUAAUGUGGAACCUGGACAUCCAUUCGCUGGUCAACUUUCUGUUCAAGAUAUGAAAUUAAGAUUUUCCCAUACGAUGCAAAACACCGAGAGUGGAAGAAAAAUAAACCAAGCGAUGGCAACAACUGGCAGAGCUGUUGCUACAACAGGAAAAGCCGUUGGUGGUGCACUUUCUCAAGCCAAAGGUGCCUUUUCAAACUGGUGGAGCACCUUGACGACAAUACAACCUGGAGAAGUUGAAAUACGGAAUGAUAAUGUGAACCAAAGUAAUAAUACUUCUGAUGACAAUGAUAGUGAAGAUAAAAAAGAAAGUAACAAUGACGUUACUAAGGAGCUGGAUACUCCAAUUAGUAGUACAGGUACUACUGUAGUUGUCGAUUAAUAGUUGAAUUAACAAAAAAAUAAAAACCAAAAUUUUUUUUUCGUCUACUUCACACUGAACUGAUGUUAGAAUUAAAUUAUAUAAAUAUAUAUAUAAUUUGUCUCAUAUAAAUAGUAUGAGGCUGAUGAAUGUUGAUGCUUAUACUUUUUCAAUGAAUGAAAAAAAUGUGUGAGUGUGACGUCAUUUUAUUUUAUUUUUUUAAAUUACGUAUUUAUUUAAACUGUUAAGUUUUUUUUACUAUUUUUUGUUAUGUUAGAAAUUAUUUAGAUUAAUUUUAUUAUUUAAGAAAAACAAAUCAUUCAUUUAUUUAAUUAUUUAUUUAUAUUUUAUUAUUUUAAUUACGAAAUUUAAUUUGCCAUGACAG